UGAUUUUGGCUACGUUUUUGUCGACGUGGGAAAGGGUCCGCUUAGUGCUAACACAAACAAAUGUCCACGGGUGUAGGUUGUAUUAGAAAUGAACAUCUUGACAUGCAAUUUGGAUUCAACCAAUUUGUGUGAAUUGAAAUAUGUGGCUUAAACCUGAAGAGAUAUUGCUGAAAAAUGCAUUCAAGUUAUGGGUGACGGAAAAGGGCAAUGAUUAUUUCGUGUUACAAAGGAGGCGAGGAUAUGGAGAAGGAGCAGGGGGUUUGACAGGUCUUCUUGUUGGAACUCUGGAUACAAUGCUGGAUUCCACGUCCAAAGUCGCUCCAUUUCGUAUUCUACAUCAGACCCCAGACUCCCAGGUCUACUGGUCAAUAGCAUGUGGUGGCACUAAGGAGGAGAUCAGCCAACAUUGGGAGUGGCUGGAGAAGAACAUAAUGAGAACACUGUCUGUGUUUGACUCAAGCGAUGACAUCACCAGCUUUGUGCAAGGCAAGAUCAGAGGUCUGAUUGCUGAGGAAGGGAAGGUGUCAUGCGGUCAGGAGGAUGACCCUGAGAAGUUUCGUGAGGCGUUGCUGCGGUUUGAGAAAUGGUUUGAUCUCCCUCAGAAGGAGAAGCUGGUUACAUACUACUCAUGCAGCUACUGGAGGGGCCGUGUGCCUUGUCAGGGCUGGCUCUACCUCAGCACCAACUUCCUCUCCUUUUACUCCUAUCUACUGGGCUCUGAGGUGAAGCUGGUUAUCUCUUGGAAUGAGAUCUGGAGGCUUGAGAAAACAUCCAAUGUCAUUCUGGCAGAGAGCAUACAUGUUCUGGCCAAUGGGGAGGACCACUUUUUCUCCAUGUUCCUUCACCUCAAUGAGACCUUCCUGAUUAUGGAGCAGCUGGCUGACUACUCCAUCAAACGCCUCUUUGACAAGGAGACCUUCCAGGAAGUGCCGUCCCUUUCAGACCCUCUGCAAAUCACCAAGAGAGGCUUAGAAAUGCACGCUAGGAACGAGCAGUUCCGGGCCUUCUUCAGGCUGCCUAAAGAGGAGAACCUAAUGGAGGUGUAUGAGAGCUUUCUGUGGGUGCCUUUCAGCCACUUCAACACAUUGGGGAAGAUCUGUCUCUCUGAAAGCUACCUGUGUUUCGCCAGCCAGGAUGGAAGCCAGUGCCAUGUUAUCAUCCCCAUGCGAGAGGUGAUUGGUGUGGAGAAGCCCGACCGUAGCAGCAGGGCUUUGACUGUGUGUGUGCGGGGGAAGAGAGCUCUACGAUUCUCCGAAGUACGAGACUUUGAGCGUCUCGCCAAUGCUAUCCGCAGGAGGUGUGGGAUAACUGCCAGUCCACAGCACUCUGCAUCAACUGAGGUCAUCCGAGGGGAGUGCCAGAGCCUUAUCAAUCACUUUGAGGACAACCCAGAAGAGGUGGCUUUGAUGGUGGGACAGAAGGACAGCAGCAAGGCUGUCAGCACCGAGGCCCUCAUGACUGUGUUCCAUCCCCAGGACACUGAAAACAUGGACCCCAAAAUGCUGAAGGAGAAGAUGAAGGAGCAGUCAUGGAACAUUCACUUCUCAGAGUAUGGCCGUGGCACCAGCAUGUUCUGUACCAAGAAGACACGGGACCUGAUUGUGCGAGGUGUCCCUGAGGCUUUAAGAGGAGAGCUUUGGAUGCUUUUCUCAGGGGCUGUCAAUGACAUGGCCACUAACCCGGGUUACUACAGUGAGCUGGUGGAUCAGUCUCUGGGCACCAGCACCCUGGCCACCGAUGAGAUAGAGAGAGACCUGCACCGCUCCUUACCAGAACAUCCUGCCUUCCAGAGCGACACAGGCAUAUCUGCUCUUCGCCGAGUCCUCACCGCAUAUGCCUAUAGGAACCCGAAAAUCGGUUAUUGCCAGGCCAUGAAUAUCCUGACGUCAGUCCUGUUGCUCUAUGCAAAAGAGGAGGAGGCUUUCUGGCUGCUGGUGGCCAUCUGUGAGAGGAUGCUGCCUGACUAUUUCAACCGAAGGAUCAUUGGUGCACUGGUUGACCAGGCGGUUUUUGAGGAGCUGAUUCGAAUGCACCUCACCCAGCUGACGGAGCACAUGACAGACCUGUCCUUUUUCUCUUCCGUGUCCCUGUCUUGGUUCCUUACGCUGUUCAUCAGUGUUCUGCCAAUAGAGAGUGCUGUCAAUGUGGUCGACUGCUUCUUCUAUGACGGCAUCAAAGCCAUCCUGCAACUAGGCCUGGCUGUGCUUGACUACAACAUGGAAGGCCUGAUCAGUUCCAAUGACGACGCUGAGGCCGUCACCAUCCUCAACAAAUUUUUUGAUAAUGUGACAAAUAAGGACAGCCCUCUACCACAAACAGUGCAGCAGAACUCUGUAGGGAACAACAACAAAGCAUCAUCCCUCCUAAAGGUGGACAUCAGUGAUCUCAUCAAAGAGGCCUAUGAGAAAUUUGGGGACAUGAAAUCUGAGGAAGUAGAAAGCAUGCGGAAAAGGAACAAACUGUAUGUAAUCCAGACUUUAGAAGAUACAACUAAACAAAAUGUGCUACGGGUAGUGUCACAAGAAGUAAAGUUUAGUGCUUCCCAACUUGAUGACCUUUACGCAUUGUUUAAGAGGCAACACUUUCUCAGCUGCUACUGGACAAUGAACAGCCCAGUGCUGCUGCACCAUGACCCCAGCCUAGCCUACCUGGAGCAGUACCAGCUGGGCUUUGAACAGUUCAGCCUGCUCUUCUCCCUCCUGGAGCCAUGGUCCCUCUGUAGUGGCAAGGACGCCUUUUUCCUUUGGGCCUUCCGCCUGCUGGAUGAGAACCAGGACGGACUCAUCAACUUCAGAGAGUUCUGCUGUGCCCUGGACAUUUUGUACAGCGGUACUUUAACCAACAAACUGAAAUUCCUAUUCAAGCUUCACCAGCCACCAGCAUUCACAGGUAUUCCUUUCCAAUCAAAGGGCCAAAGGCUGUCUCACUUUAUUCCAAUGACUGAUGAUUUAUCCAACUUGAGUCGAUUGUCUGUGUCCAAUAUUUCAGAUGAAAGUGUGAUCAGAAGAAGCCCUGAAAGAGGCAGAGGGAAAGUUGAUCUCCAGGCCUACCUGAAACAAUGGCAGGAUGAGAUACUAAAGAAAGAGGAGAGUAUUAAGGAUUUACCCAGAAUUAACCAGGCUCAGUUUAUCCAGUUUUCCAAAACACUGUACAACCUAUUCCAUGGAGACCCAGAAGAGGAGUCUCUGUACCACGCUGUGGCUCGAGUCACCAGCCUCCUCCUGAGGAUGGAAGAAGUAGGGCGAAGACUCCAGGAGCCUGCCAGCCCCUUGAAGUCUACAACUAGCCACACCCAGGCUCUCCUGGAGGGCUGUUUGCCUGACGGAGAGGCCUCCAGCACUCCUGAGAGCAGCUUCAACACCCCUAACACUCCCAUAACCCUGGUAGCGAGCUCUGUCCCACAGGAGAUUGAGUGGUCAUUCGCUUUUGAACAGAUCCUAGCAUCCUUGCUCAACGAGCCCGUCCUUGUGCGCUUCUUUGAGAGGCCUGUAGACAUUCCAGCUCGGUUGGACCAUGCCAAGGGUUCUCAGCUGAAAGCCAAGACAAACAUGUGAAGGCUACGCUGUAGGUCUUACCCACUUAUAAAAGCCAUGAAGUCUUCAUGUUCACUUACCCUUAUUUUCCUCACUAUUCGCUGCUGUUAUUUCUCUGCCUGGUUGGACAGCAGUCCUGUUCACUGUCACCAAAUGCAGGAAUACACUGGUAGAGAAAGCAUUUACACAUUGGCCUGAUAAUUUCAAUUGUAUGUUGUAGAAGUAGUCUGUCCUGUAAACUCACCAGCGAACCUGCUCAAGUCUUGCAUCCAUGUGCCAGAGUUUUUUUUCUUCUCAUGCAGCCUUAAAUCUAUGCUCAUUUCCAGAAACACCAGCCUUUCAAAUUGAGGUGAGUGAACAGACCUUUGUAGGAUUCAUUAGGGAGCAGUAAUAAUGGUUGUCAGUCAUUUCUUGCAACUGGCACAAAUGGACCAGAUGAAUCAUUGAGAGCUUUGGUGUUGCUCAUUCAUAAUUAUUCAUUGAAUGAAAUCUAGACUGCAGAGAUGAAAGACCAACCAUUGUUCUUGUCAUUUGGAGGCACCACUAUGUUUUUGUAUCUAUGUGGUUACCUAACAAUGAAGGGUGUGGCCAAUUUAUUUCAGUUCAUUUUGUAGAUUACCACUAUUCACUAAACACUCAAGAGAGUGUUAAUUGUCAGAAUCUUUGACAAUAUUUGGUGUCCAAGUAUCCAUUUGUUUUGCUGAAUUAUCAUGAAUAAGGGAAUAAUAGAAUAUUGUCAUAACUCUCAAAUAAUUUCAGCUCACAAACUAAAAACCAAUUGGAUAGUUGAGGCAACACAGUUGUCAAAGGAGGAUGUGCAAUAUUUAGAUUCUACUGUUUAAGUCUUUGAGGGAGUCAUUUAUGUUAAUUUAUAUUGUAUUUCAUAUAUAGAAGAAUAUAUAUUAAACAUUGUAGCCUAUAAUUUAAGUUGCAAAGGGAUUAUUAAACAUUUGUAAAGGAAAAUUUUAUGUUCAUGAUUUUUCCUUUUUUUUUUCUUCCACAAUAUCAUGAUAUCUAAUUGUACUUAUGACCUUGUCUCAUGGCAUCAGCUUCCAAUUGGCUUGGGAGAAUUGAAAAUCAGGACGUGCGUCCUCCGAGACAAGUCCUGCUUGGCCAAUAUGCUUCUUUUCACACUGCUUACUCAACCAGGAAGUUAGAGGAAUCAGUGAGUGGAAAGUCACAUCCUAACGACAUUUGUUUAGCUUGAAGGUCCCCAAUUCACCAAAAGGUAGUUGCUAGAUCGCAACCUGGGCAGUGCACUGCCCUAUGGGACUCCUGACCACAUGCCUAUAUAAGGCACAGUCAAGGCUUGAGCUAUAGCUUUAGUGGAUGCCUCAGCACUGCGGUAGAGUGCCUUAUACCGCUGCGCCCUUUAGGAGCCCUUUGUUUCAUUUAACAGGAAAUUCUUGUUAUGCUUGAUUAUAUUUUUGUGACUGCAGAAUUAAUUUUGACUGGUAUGACUGAUACUGAAUAUCCUGUCAUAAAUUACUUUGUUUAUCAUUUUUCUUUUUUUAAUUAUUGUAAGCAUGAAAUGGUGCAUGGGCAUGGAUAAAUUAUAAUUCCAAAUGCAGAACAGUUGGUUCUGAAUGUCUUAUUAGAUUUCUUUGGUCUGUUGCGUUUUUCUUUAAAAAUCUGAAUUUUAGUCUAGAAAUGUUUGUUUCAUUUGAUGUCCUAUGUGGUAUGGAUAUGUCUGUUUUACAUGAGAAGUGACUUUUUUCCCCAAAGUGUAUGUCAGGAAAAGGACAGUUUACUGAUGGUUUAUAUUUUCUGUAUUUGAGUGUUCUUUACUGCCGGCAGUGUAAAUAGACUUCUCUGUAAAUGGCUUGCAAUUCCAUUAUAGUCUCUUGAAUAUACCCCCAUCCCACACAAAUAAUCAAAUGGCACAAGUAAAAUACCUCCUAAAUAAUGUUCCUUGUUAUUACAGCCACUAAGAUUAAUAUACUGUAAAUAUGUGUAUCUUAAUUAAUAUACUUGACAGCACAAUAUCAUAAAGGUACAGUAUAUUUACUCUGCAGUAAAGAAAAAAAUCAUAUAGUAAUGUAAGAGUCAAUAUUAAUGAGUCCAUAUUAAUUGGAGAACAAGUGUUUGAAAUUUGCAGUUCACUGUUUAGAUUGCAUUUACAGUUUUGGUCCCCUUGAAGUUGGCUAUUUAAAUAACGCACAGAAAACUGCAGAAAUUCAAAAAUAAUUGUGUUUCCCCAUUAUGUAUUUUGUUGUUUUGCAGUUGAACUUAAAAUCUUAGCUAAUUCUAAAAUGGCCUGAACAAUAUUAUUGGCACCUUCUAGAAGUACAGCCCUGUUUUCAAAAAAUAUGGAAAAUGCACAUGAAAACCAAGUGCAGUGAUGUGCCAAUCAUUUAAUCUAAUCUAAUUUAAUUUAAAAUAGUAAAAAGACAACAUAUCAAAUGUUGAUCCAGAGA